UGUAGCGGACUCAGCGGCGGGCCUGGGGCGGCCCUAGCGCCCAUCGCGCGCCAUGGCCCCCAUGGGCAUCCGCCUGUCCCCGCUGGGGGUGGCCGUGUUCUUCCUGCUGGGGCUCGGGGUGCUCUACCACCUCUACUCGGGCUUCUUGGCCGGCCGCUUCAGCCUCUUCGGCCUGGGCGGCGAGCCGGCGGGCGGGGCGGCCGAGUCGGCAGCCGACGGGGGCGCGGUGGACCUGCGCGAGAUGCUGGCCGUGGCGGUGCUGGCGGCCGAGCGCGGCGGCGACGAGGUGAGGCGGGUCCGCGAGAGCAACGUCCUCCACGAGAAGUCCAAGGGGAAGACGCGCGAGGGCGCAGAGGACAAGAUGACCAGCGGCGACGUGCUGUCCAACCGCAAGAUGUUUUACCUGCUCAAGACGGCCUUCCCGAACGUGCAGAUAAAUACCGAGGAACACGUGGAUGCAUCUGACAAGGAGGUCAUUGUAUGGAAUCGUAAGAUUCCUGAAGACAUCCUAAAGGAAAUAACUGCUCCUAAGGAGGUACCCGCAGAAAGUGUGACUGUCUGGAUUGACCCGCUUGAUGCUACACAGGAAUACACAGAGGAUCUUCGAAAGUAUGUCACUACCAUGGUGUGUGUAGCUGUGAAUGGCAAACCUGUGCUAGGAGUUAUUCAUAAGCCAUUUUCUGAAUAUACAGCUUGGGCAAUGGUAGAUGGUGGUUCAAAUGUGAAAGCCCGUUCUUCCUACAAUGAGAAGACCCCAAAGAUCAUUGUGUCUCGCUCUCAUGCAGGGAUGGUCAAACAGGUUGCUCUGCAGACCUUUGGAAACCAGACAACAAUCAUCCCAGCUGGUGGUGCUGGUUAUAAAGUUUUAGCACUCUUGGAUGUGCCUGAUAUGAGUCAAGAAAAAGCAGAUCUAUAUAUUCACGUGACGUACAUCAAAAAGUGGGAUAUAUGUGCUGGCAAUGCCAUCCUAAAAGCCCUUGGAGGGCAUAUGACCACUCUGAGUGGUGAAGAGAUCAGUUAUACUGGGUCUGAUGGUAUUGAAGGGGGACUCCUUGCUAGCAUCAAAAUGAACCACCAAGCUCUGGUCAGAAAACUCCCAGAUUUAGAAAAGUCAGGACAUCAAUAAGCAUUCCUGACCACAGGGUGCAACUCUUCCAGGGGUGAAUUGUUCAGCCUGAACUGUUGGAAGCUUCAAAGGACUGGUGGAGACUAUGCAUGGUUAAGGCCAUCCUGAACUUAGGAAGUACUUAUGAAGCAUCAGAGACUUACUUUCCCUGUAAUAGGAUGCAAAAUCAGGGAAGUUAGGUUGCUUCAUUUCUCAAGUAUUGUCUUUAUUUUUGAGACUAUUUUCAUACAGUUGUCAUACACAAGGCACAUAUAUAUAUAUGUGUGUAUAUAUAUAUAUUUGUGGAUUAAAAUCUAGAGCUGAGUCUAUACUGUUAUGAGUCACCAUUUUCACUCAACAAAUGAUGAGUCUGUACUAUUGAUACUUUCAUAUAGAAUUGGGUUUGAGGAAGGCUUGGUUUUAUGUAGAUGUUUAGUGUAACUUUGAGGUUGUAUCUUAUAGAAAAUAAAGUCAUUGGUGAUUUUUACUCCUCAGAUGGAAAGCACAAAAAGUCUCAUAUUCAUUAAUAUGCAACAAGUGCUCUGUUCAUCUACCAUUUCUAUGGAUUUAGCAGAAAAGGCUUAAGUAGAUUAUUUUCUUUGAAAUUUUACUAACAGAUUCACCAGCUGAUAGAAAAUAUAGACAAAUGAUGAACUGCAUUAUAAUUGGAACUUUUUGUGAAUGUGUGUUUUGUUUUGAUCAAAGUGUAUCUAUGGUUUCAACAUUUCUGCCAUGUUCCUGUUGAUUUUCAUUUCCCUUUGGAAGGUGCACUCAUUCAUCCUUUCUCUGUUGACCAGCAUUUAGUCUUUACCUGUAAAGUUGGUUUUGUUUCAAUGUUAGCAUCAUGGUUUGCUGUAUUUUCUCAUUAGAGAUAAAAUAUGCUGUAAGACACUAUAAGAAUAUAAAUGAUUCUGUAAUAAUUGAAAGUUACUUCACAUUAGAUGGACUGACUAGUUUUAGUUAUUUUUCAGGAAUUUUGUUUUAGUAGAUUUUUGAAACCUUACCAGGUUUGUCAGUAGAGAUUCUCUUAUUAUCAAGAAUGAGCACAGCUCCUUUUUAGCUGUUAGGAGACUCAAUAACCAGAUUCUCAAAGGAAUCACUUUUGACACAAGCCUGUAGUUUCCUCUCAGAUUACUGUCAUGAAAAUUGAUGAAGAUGUGUUUUUGCUCAGUUGGCAGAAUAUGGUUAGAAAAAGAUGGUGGCAUUUUUCAUGUUGUUAUAACAAGAGCUUGUUUUCUUACCUGGAUUUGUUGUGUUGCUCUAGGAACUUGUUUUCUGGGCUGUAUUUGUUAGUGGAGUGGUUUUUCCUAGUGUGAUCUAGAAAAUCAAUGUAAAUAAUCAUGUUUUUCAUGUGGCUUUGAUACCCUUAUAAACUUUAAUGAGGAAUUUCUCAUAUUUUCUUUUCUUAAAAAUGUAACCCUAAAGCAAUUUUCUAUUUAUUUUCCUAUUUUAGAGGUAAAAUUGAGCAGGAGGGACUUGCUAGCCUGUUGGACAUGCACACUGUAGGUUUGCAUGUCAUAGGGUCCAUCAUUCUUUAGUAGUGGAAUGGAUCUUAGCACACUACAAGUGCUGUACCUUAUACUUAGCAACUAGUAACAAAUGAGCCUUCAUGCAGUGAAAAUUCAAAGUUUUGAAAGUUGGAAACUUGGUAUUUAUUUAACAGGACUUGUGAAUUUUGAAAACUGUUUCAGGCACAUAAUCUAAUUACCAAACAAUAUAACAAGAUAAAUGAAACCCUGCUUUCUCCAGGGAGGUGGCAGAAGCAGAUACUCAUCAGAGUCCUGUAAUACAGACAUUUGUUUUCAUUAUAAUACAUCAAAACAGGAAAUGGAAUAUAAUUAAAAAUGUUUUAAUGUUCGGAAACUUUUAUCAUUGAGUAGAAGCAAAACUAGUUCAUAUUAGCAAGCAUGAUUGCUUUAUUUUCUAAUUUCAUUAAUUUGUAUAACUGAUGAAUGAUUUCUGUGUUAAGCUCAAAAGUUAAGGUGUUGGCUGAAAGUUGAAAGUAUUAUUUUAUAAUUUGUUAGUGUUGUCUAGUUACUAAUGAUUUUUACAUACUUUUAUAGACAGUUCAUUUUUUAAAAAUUUUGCUUAAGAGCCAAUACACAUUACAAGGAAAAUGGUAUUUAUAUUUAUUUAUGAGGUAUUAUUGUGCCAGAAUGUACUAGCCAUCGAGUAUGUAAUAUCUCUCAGAAUUAACAUUAAAUUGUUUUCUUUCUAAACAUAACAAACUAAGCACGUUUACAUUUGGAAACUUACCUGCUUUCCCUUUAGUAGAAACAGACAUCCAGACCCUCAGUGUCUUCUCCUCAGCCACCCUUGUAACGCUUUGCUGCCCUGUCCCAUCUUUCCUUUUGGCCCUCUUUCUUAGCUGAUACGCCACCUUGCCCCAUACUAAACCCAAAAUUCUUUUAUAAACUCAUUCCUCUUUAUGUUGGCCACUGAAGACUUAAUUGAGACUCUGGUAAAGGUCUCAGUGAAAGUGAUCAGUCCUGGAAGAGAUCUGGUUAACCAUUAUUUUUGAGUCUCACUGAAAAGUAAAGAAAAUCACUUUCAACACCAUAAACUUCAUGUCAUGUGUAUCAAUACUAAUGUUUUUACAAAGCACAUCUUCCUACCCAUCUCUAUAUAUAAUCUCUAUACAAGCCUGCAAUAUGCCAGAGAAUUGGAUAGGUAAGCCCGCUUAAAGAAACCUGCUUUUACUGUUGGUUUUCAUUCUUUUUUUUUUUUUUUUUUUUUUGGUUUUUCGAGACAGGGUUUCUCUGUAUAGCUUUGCGCCUUUCCUGGAACUCACUUGGUAGCCCAGGCUGGCCUCGAACUCACAGAGAUCCGCCUGCCUCUGCCUCCCGAGUGCUGGGAUUAAAGGUGUGCACCACCACCGCCCGGCUGGUUUUCAUUCUUAUGUCUCUCGCUAUUUCAGUUCAGUUUACAAGGCCCUACAAGACAGUCAGAUUCGUCUUUGUGAGUUUUCUCCUUUCCUUUUGACUGGAACACUCAAAUGAGGUAUUAGCAUUGUAUAGUGAACUGACAAGAACAUCUAGAUUUAUGUUUUUCUGACAGUUGUGUGGAUUCUGUUUCCUGGGCCUGCUUUGUACUGUUCUGAAGACUGUGUUGGUAGGUAGGGCCAGGGUGGAGAAGAGAAGGAAGGUGCAGAAGCUCAGGAGAGAUAUCAAUAGGGUGAGAGGCUAGCAUUCACCCUGCCUGCCCUACCCUGCUCUUAGAUCCUAAGUUCAAGUACCUAAUAUUACUCUGGCUGUGGAGGUGGUAGUGCUGUGAUCACCCAGACAGAAAUUCAGUGGAAGGCCAGUGUAGAACAGAAAGUGCCCAUUUUAGCUUGGUGAUAGCUAAAGGUGACCUUCCUGGGACAACCCAGGAGGUUAGGGCAAGAACUGUUGGGAUUAUUCUAGCUGCAACUACCUAUCUUGGCUGUGUAGAUGGUUGAUGUGUAGAAACAGAAGUAGUUUUUCAUUUUGGUUCUGGAUUAAGAUGUUUUUAAUGAUAUACCUGCAAAGUGGCCCUGUCCUAUAACUGUGUAGAGGAAAAAAACAAACAAAAAACAAAAACAAAAAACCCUAGUCUGUGGGGUUUUUUUCUUAAGAAAAAAAAAUUGUGCCUUAAAUAGGGCAUUGUAUGUUACUAAUACAAAACACUUUUUUUUUAAUAUAUGGGGAAAUAGCUUUUUCCCAUUAAACUUUAAGUUCUUUUAAUGUUUUUUAUAUCGGAGUUGGGGAAAGUCAUUAAAAUUAAAUAAAACUGAUAAAUUAUUUUUGCAUAAUGUAGCCUUUACAGUUGUACAUUUUUCUAAGAACUGGAUCAUGAUGUAUAUAAGUCUGAAAUGAUGUUUCAUCAUUUGGUUCUUAAUUAAAUGUAAGACCAGGAUAGAUCACAUUUUGCAAAUUUUACUUUUAAGUAAAUCAUUUGGGACUACUUUAUCUUUUCUAGUCCUCUGGGGUAAUUUUGGUUUAAAAAAAAAAAUAGCUGUUAGUGGUAGAGUUAUGGUGGUCUGUUAGUUAAAUAAACUGUGUGUUGUGACACAUUGAGUUCCUAAUGAGGAAAGGAUUCUAACCCUGACGAGCCACAGUUGUGAGUUCUGCAAUGACACAAUUCAGUGAGCUACUGAUAGGUGUACUUUGUUCCUUUUUAUAAAAGCCUGGCAGUUAUAGGUAUUCUGACUUAGCAUUGACAAAAAUUGACAAAGGAUUUUUGUGGGGUUUUUUAAUUAUUUUUUGAGAUGGGUGGUAAAUUAAUUUAAUGCAAGAAAUGAGAUGUUUUUCUUUGAGAUAAUACAAGUCAAACUGAAGUUAAUAAUGAUGAAUAAUGCUAAAACAGCUGAUUAUAUACCAUGUCUGUGAUCAUUCCCUAAAGUAUUAUAUAAUGUGUCCGUGUAAAGUGCAAAAGAAGAGGUUGUGGUGUUUUGUCAAUAUAUUUAAUUAAAUUAUUUUAAGGUGUAAAACAAGUGGUACCUUUGUCAUUCUGGAGAGACAUGUUCCUCCAUUUUUUUUAAACUAGGAAAGAAACACAAUAAGUUAACGUGAGAUACUUAAUCUGAAAACAAUCUCAUGACCCCAAAUGUGGCCUCAGCCUUCAUUAUGUGGAGUAUUCUGGAGAGGUACCCUUCCUGUCCUGUGCUUGCAGUGGCCAGAACCAGCCUUGGUCGUCUCAACGGGGUCUGUAGUGAUGGACUGCAGCACUGCUAAGAUUUAACAUACAUCCACAGUGUUGCCUGGAGCAGCUGUACCUGCAUCACCAGGACUGUGGUUUCCUUGAUCUUCUAAACUUGUCAUCCUCACUUACUGUUAAUCCAUUUCUGAAAAUGGGUCAACAGUAAGAGGAAUUAAAAUAUUUUACCUCUGAGUACUUUUCACACAUUUAAAGCCAUGGAGGAAAUAAGCCGUUUCUUGAUGCAGAGAUGCCACAUUUUCUUAGCAGGCUCUGAUCUUCCAACCCACUCCACCAGACUGAAGUGGAGGCCAUUGUCAACUGAACUUCAUUGGGAAGAAAUCUCUUCCCAUGGCCUUUGAAGACUGCUUUGUGCUUCCCCACACCACUUUUGUAAAGGCUGUUAGUUCACUUGAUAAAGAGAUAGAAUGUGUGUCUUUGAUUUUUUUUUUUGUGUGUGUGUGUGUGUGUGUGUAUGUGUGUGUUUUACCAUAUUCCCAAUACCUAGUCUCGCACAAAUUAGUCCAGAUUGUGUGUUGAAUUGAACUAAAGGGUCACUACUAGUGUUAGCAUGCUUCAUGCCUCAGUAGUAUAAGCUAGUUGUUUCCUUUGCUGAUACUUGUAAUUACUGCUCCACACACACUAGUUUUUGUUUUAUUUUUGUUUUGUUUUGUUUUUAAAUUUUGCCUUUCCUCUAGAUACUACCCCAUGGUCAAUUAACUGUAUAAAAUGUGAUUGCUUCUGGUGACAUAAUUAUCCCAAACCUUGCCCCUGGAUAUACUUUGACAAGUGAAAUUUGAAUUCCUCAAAUAAAUUGGUCAUGUCUGAAAA